AUGGAGACAGCACAAGACGAGCCGAUAGAGACACAGCAGAGUCCGCCAGCGAUGAAAGCCAACCCAAAAUCAAAAGCUAAUAGUACUGCCUCGCCAUCAGGUACACCCAAGAAGCCAGCUGCGCACAAUCGGCGUCUCCCACUCGCUCGCGUCAAGAAGAUUGCAAAGAUGGAUGAGGAUGUCAAUAAUCUAUCCAACGCGGCAGCUCUUGUCAUUGCAUCUGCGACGGAACGCUUCGCUGCUUAUUUCGCAGAACAGUCCUUUUUCUAUACCAUUGCUGAACGCAAGAAAGGUCUCAACUAUAGUCAUUGCGCAUCAGCAGUAGCGAGACUGCCACAACUUGACUUUUUGUCAGAUGUCGUACCGCAGCGCGUUCAAUUCAGGGAUACAGCCGCAGGAAAGCAAGUUGCGCCUGCGAGACAAGAGGCAGACGCUGCGGUAGCGGUAGGAAAUGGCGAAGCGGGGAGCGGUGCGGCGGCUGCACCUAAGAAGUCUGGCGAAGUACCGGCGUGGGCGCAACCCAAGGCUGCUCUUGCGGCAACCAAUGCGCAACCGAUAGAAGCACAAGGACCAUCGACAUCUGUCACGUUGAGCAGUAUACUGGAUCCUGCUGUGGCUAUGGAUGAUCUGGGCAGCGAAGACGUAGACAUGGAAGACGAUUGA